CUCAACUUAGUUCCAAGAAACAAAUCGAAUCCCCCUAUCCAAAAGGCGUUAAACAUCUCCUAAAACAAGUCCAACGGAGUCCAACCCUUUCAUAUUUGAUUUAAUGAGUUUUAUAGACGAAAAUAAUCCAAGCUGUCUGCAUUGUCGUCAAUCGCGCACAGGAAAAGAUAACUCUCGCAAUGAAACCUUACUUCCGACUUUCGGAAACUCUCGGGAGUGUUGUACACUUAAGCGAUAAAUGCAAAGUAUUCCCGCUGAACUUCAAAGCAAUGGAAAAACAAGUAAAUGCAGUUCUGCUCGCAGAAGAGGGGCACAAUGUACUUCUAACAGGCUUGCCCGGGACAGGAAAGAGUCACACAAUCGGUAUUAUUGUCGACAACCUUUCGAAGACCAAAAGGGUGACAUUAACAAGUACUACAGGUCUUUCUGCAUCUUUGCUGCGGUCAGAUUCAGAGGCCAAGCAAACAUCAACAAGGUCAGUAAUGCUUUAUCAUAAAGUUUAUGUAUUGAAACUGUUAAUUAUAGGAGUAUAAAAUGGGAUACAAAUUAAUGAAAGACCUAGAAACUACUUCUAAAUAGUGGUAAUAACACAGUUUUGAAAAUUUUGUAGAAGAUAUUUUGUUUUGAUUAAACUUUUGUUUUCAAAUAGAUAUUCGACAACGAUACAUAAAUUCUGUGGAUUGAAAGACGGCCGUUACCAAAAUGCAGAACUUUUGGAUUUGCUUCAAACCUCUGAGAGUUUUGAAACAUCCAAAAUUAAUAUCCUUAGGUGUGAUGUCCUGGUGAUAGAUGAAGUUUCAAUGUUAAGUGAAAGACUGUUUGAGCAGGUGGAAUAUGUCUUUCGGCACCUGAAAGAUGUCACAAAGCCAUUUGGAGGUUGUCAGGUCAUUUUGAGUGGAGACUUUUUUCAGCUUCCACCAGUACCGAACUCAAAGUAUGACGACCCUGGCAGUAGUAUCGUGGAAAGUCAACUUCUGAAGUUCUUUCACCAUGUCAAUUUGGACCAUGUUUAUAGACAGAAAGAAGUUGACUUGGUACAGGCUAUCCAUGAAAUUGCCAGAGGCCAACUUUCCCAUGAAUCAGAAGCACUUCUUAUGCGAAUGAAGAGACCACUCCCUCCCGGUGAAAAUCCAGUGAAGAUAAUGGCCAGAAGGGAGGAUGUCUAUUUGUGGAAUGCGAAGUGUCUUCGAGAAAUGGAUGGAGAAUAGAAAAUAUACAAAAGUGAGGAUGAGGGGGAUGUAGUUGGAAUCAAAACAGAGACAGCUGUCCAUGUAAAGAUUGGUGCCCCAGUUAUGUUAAUAGCCAAUAUAAGUGACACUCUAGUCAAUGGUCUUCGAGGAUUUGUUUCAGAAAUGAAGGAUGAUUAUGUGAAAGUUAAGUUCAAUGAUAUUGGCAAAGUGACCAUCAGACCAUUCUCAUUCUCUAAAUUUGAUCCAAAUUUGAAAUAUGAUGUUGGCUGCCGGAAGCAAAUUCCCCUUCAACUUUCAUUUGCCAUCACCAUACACAAGUGUCAGGGAAUGACAUUAAAUCGCCUGGAAAUUGACUGCAAGGGCAUGUUCGAAUAUGGGCAACUUGUUGUUGCUGUAAGCAGGUCAGUAAACAAAAAAGGAUUGAGAGUGUUGAAUUUUUCACGAAGACUUAUUUUGAAACCACCAGCCUGUAUAACAAACUUAUACAGUGAAGGACUGAACAAUAUUCAGGCAAGUGACUUGUCAUGCUGCAAUCAAUCCGAUUUUUCUAAUAUAACUGAACAUGACCAGAAGUUGAUGUCGAGAAAAAGUGACGACAACAGUGAUGAUGAUAAUGAUGUUCAUGAUGAUGACGAUGACAAUGAUGAGUUAAUGAUACAAUUGUUAGAAUCUAUUGAAAAUAAGCAUAUACAAAACCCUUUGGAAACUGAAUUUGAACAUCAUCUACCACCCCAUAUAAAUGUUCAUAACAUCUUGCACGCUCUCAAACAUGAUGUUCAACAGACAGACAUCCAACUGCAGGAAAAUGAAGCAUUAGACAUGCUGAUGACUGAUCAGAACUGUGUAGAACAAUUCAUGAGUUAUUUGUGGGAUAGGCUUAAAAAGGCAUUUUGUGACACUAUUCAAUCAGUGGAGCUUGUGAACAAUAAAACAGUGAAUGGCUUUUAUAAAAAGUUUCAGGAAAUUGCCACAUCUGAAGCAUACAGAGACCUUGUCCACAAAAAGUUGUUUCCAAGUGUAAUGAACCUUUCAGAUGUUCACUACAAUGUUGCAUUUAAGCUUGCCACUUUCAUAAGGAAACAAAUAAUCCAAGAGCAUACAAAGUCAAUAAAAGAUGAUGGAAACCUAAAACUUCCCAAUACAUCUCAAAAACAAUUCUCGGAAUCUGUGGCAGGUAAAGGUAAGAUUAGGUAUCUAGGUGGCUGGUGCCUGUCUUCUUUACGACGCCGUAGAAUGAAGAGAAUAAUGACAAAUGCAUAUAAUGUAAAGAAAGGCGCACUGGUGAAUGCAUUAACUUUGGAGAAAGAUUUACUAGACCAUGUUAUUGCCAUCUCAGAGACAAGUAUCCUAGAGAGUUCCGUUUUUGUAGAAACACUUCAUGAAACUGUUAGGAAACAAAAUGCUCGUAAAGGAUUAACGCAUAUCACAGAUGAAGCAUUCAACUUCUUCUUGUGUUUAGAACAGGAAUUGCAGAAACUACAAACUGAGGGAAAUAUUGCUAUUCAAGGCAAAAAUAUUGGAACAUUCCUUUCACAAAAAUUGAUGCUUUCAGAAAAUUUGAUUGCUCAAUGGAGAAAUAUUUUCCAGACAUUUGAGUCCACUGCUAUAAAAACAGAAAUAACAAAGCACCUUAACAUUCUGUUGGAGGAUUUUAUUCUAAAAUACCUCAAGAUGAGUGUAGUCCAACUUAGGAAAGAUUUCCUACAGCAACAAAAGGUCAAAAAAGCUGAAGCUACAAGAAAACAAAUAAAGAUGCGUACACAACGACAAACGAAAGGGAUGUUUGAUUUUACAACAAUUCAGAAUGACAACUCUCCUAAUAAAGAGGCAUCACACAAAAGACUACAGUCUGAGCUUCUGUCUGAUAAAACAUUCUUACAAAAAUUCAAAAAAGAAGAACUGAACAGACUUUGUGAAUAUUAUAAGUUUAAUCCUGUUCAAUCAAAGAAAAAAUUGGUGGUUGACUUGGGUGACUACAUUUUAAGAGCAGAGGGGAUGAAUUUUGCAAAGCAGUCCAAUGUAUCAACACAAGGAUCAGAAGAUAAUCCAGACACAUGUAGUAGACCAAAGAGAAAAUGCCAAGAUGUAAGAAGAGAAAUUGUAGCCUCGGGGAGCAAGAAGAAGGAAACUAGAAAGAAAAGGACAGCGACAAAGAAACCAAAACAGAUAAAGUGGCCCUGUGGUGCUUGUGGUGGAGAAGCCACCGAAAACUCUGUUGGGUGUGAUAACUGUGAAAAAUGGUUUCAUGCUGCUUGUGUGAAUAUUGAUAUUGAUGACUUGGAUAGCCUCCCAGAGGUUUGGUUUUGCAGAACUUGUUGUUCAAAAAGUUGAAGGGAAAAUAUGUUUGUCUACUUAUUUUUCACCGAAAUGGUAUGUCAUCUUCACACACAGAGAAAACAUUUUGUUCACGGUUACCUGACAUGCCUGACUGACCAUAUUUUUCUCUGCUAACCCAGAACUAUUUCAUUUGUCAAACUUCAUCUGAUCAAAUAAACAUUAACAACUGUUUUGUGACAUUUAAAUUAAGAUUUCAAUUAUAGUGUAUAUCAUAUAUAUACAUGUGGAAACAAAAAGACAAACUUUUACAUAGUGAAUUUAAGUCAGGUUUGUUUUCACUUAGAACACAUGGUGUCGACUCUUUUAAACAAAAUAAUUUCAAAAUCAAAACAAAAAAAACAAAAA